AUGUCGACUCAAGCACCCGCACUCGGCGGCGCCAGCACUUCGACUGCUCCGCGACCAGCAAAACAGCCUCGAGCAUCCGCCUGGGACCCGUACGCCGUCCUGCCGCCCAGUACCAAGCGCAAGCUGGACACUCGGGACGCUCUCUCGACACAAGGCUACCUCAAGGAGCUGUCCAUCCCGACAGAAGUGGCCGACGAGCGCAUUGCAGGCAAGCUCCUCCAGCUCGACCUGCCCGAAGGCAAGAUGAGCGACCGGCGAAAGGCUGAACUGGCUGUGAGGGAAAGCGAGAAGGAGAAGAAGCGGGCGAAGAAGGCGAGGGAAGGAGAUUGCGGUCUCGCAGGUCGGCGGAAACGGGCUGCGAUGGGCAAAGCGGCGGUCAAGGCUGUCCGCUACGAAUCCGUCCUGCCCGUAUAUCACCUUUGGCUCGGCUAUAUGGCAGAACUCCUUGCCCUCCCGGUCAUCCUCUCUCCCGAACCGUCUCCCACCGCGUCUUAUACACCUCCAUCCGAAACACUCUCCACUCCCGCUGUAUCCAUCGCCAGCUCCACCCUCUUGCCGACGUAUCCGCCGCGAGCUUCCCGCGACACCCAGAUCAACGUCGUCAACCUGCAGACGAAGCUGAUCAAGGCGGAGUUUGUCGGCUGCUUGUUGAGCGUCAAGCGCGCCAAGAACCCUUCGCUAGUCGGCAUAAAGGGCAUUGUUUUGCAGGAGACGCAAGGGACGUUCAAGGUGGUUACGCCAAAGUCGCAAAUCAAAGGCGCGUCUGCCACUUUCCUCCCGAAGCAAGGCACCGUCUUGACCCUCGUCCUCCCUUUCGCGCCGCAACCUUCCGAGACGCACCCUCGCGAGCUCAGCUUCGACCUGUACGGCGACGCGUUCGCGUACCGCCCGGCGGACAGGGUCGGCAAGAAGUGGAAGGCGGGGACGAGCGCGGGUGGGGUAGAGUUGAGAUGA